UUACAAUACAGUUGAGAGACAAGGCGACCGAUGCUGUCAUGGACAAUUUCACGAGGCGAAUAUGGCCAUAAGCGUGACUCUCUCGCCUGCGUCGACCAAGUGAGCACUUCAUGACUGAACUAUUCCGACCAGAUAAAAUAACCUAUAACUGCUGGCAUAUAUUUCGAGGGAGCUCAGUUUUGAUCGAAGCGCUGCUGAGACUCGACUCGGCUCGACUGUGACUCAACUGAACCCGAAUCGACCCAUCGCAUCUUGCAUCUCAGGUACUCGGGGGCUGCUAGAAGUGGCUUGGAUCGGAUCGAAUCAAAAGGUGCUAAUGUACCACUUCUAGGCAGUUGUCGCACUCAGGUACCUUAGCUUACCUUAGCUCUAGGCACCCUCCACCAUCUCCCCGUCAAGAGAGUACCACCAUAGCCUUUUCUUGGCCCAGGCUCAAUUCACGCCCUGGUUCGCUUCCAACUCCCUCCUGUCCAUAAUCUUUUUCUUACAUAUCCUUACACUCACUCAAGGCAUCACUGUUCAUCGAUAGCCCCCCACUGACCAGCAUCCUUUAUUCCUGGUUGAAGACUUGUACCACCUCAUCGUGAACCAUUUCACCCGGCUCCUCCUUGGCUUGGCUUCACGUACAAAUACUCACUCUUCCUGGCCAUCGCCAUGGCUCCGCAACCCGAGAAGAGCCAAUUGAAGCGCCCGCGCGUUAGUCCAUCCCCUUCUCUCUGGCGUUUCUGAAGAAAAGAUUCACGGUCUAUUCUGUUGGUGGACAAAAUGUCGACGUUCUCGGAACUCUUCUCGCGCCUGUCGUUCCAUCUCGUGUCGCGCCAUCUAUCACCUACAGUUACUAACUUGCUUCGCAUCGCAGGGCUCGUUGCCAGAUGAUGAGACUGAGACCAAGAAACCUCGCCGAGCUGAGCGCCUCGAGGCUGAUCCAGACAAGACCCCAAUUGUCAACAAGCAGCAUCUGCCAUCACCUCUCACACAUCUUACUGAUGACUCCAACGAGCUCAACAAAGAGCCAACCGCGACCCCCCCGGGACAGAAGCAACACGAGAUAACCCCCAAGAAGACUGAGGACACAUAUUCUCAAGGCCAAGCGCUAUCGUCACCACCUCAAGACACUCAGCCGCUCAGUCAGUUCGUUGAUCGCCACCCUGCCAUCUCCGACGACAUCGAAGACGAAAUUCGCGAAGGCGUCUGGGGAUAUCUCGUUCCACUUGAUCCGAAGUACGGUGAUAAGCCGAUUGUCCUGAAGAAACGAAGCGCAUGCCCCCUACCAGACACAGUGGCCGAUUCCGCCAAGCAGGAUAACAAACAUCACACCAACGAGAACGGCAAGUCCGCUGCGAUGAAAGAUGAAGAGGCCUUCGAGAAGAAGAAGGAGAAGGGCGUCUCUUCUGGUGGCUAUCUGAUUGGACGACAUCCCGAGUGUGACAUUGUUGUUAACGACGGUAUUGUGUCGAACCGCCAUUGCCUUAUUUUCACCGAAAAUAAAGGUAAUGAUACUGUCGCAAUUGUUGAGGAUCUGUCGAGCAACGGGACGUACGUCAACGAAGCCAUCGUGGGCCGAAAUCAGCGCCGCGAACUUGAGGAGCAAGACGAGAUUGCUGUCCACGGCAAGGCGCGUUUUGUCUUCCGCUACCCCCAGAGUCGACAGACAAGCGCUUUUCUCCAACAGUACACUCUUUUAGAGAAGCUUGGAAAGGGUCAUUUUGCCGAGGUUUAUCUAUGCGUUGAGAAGGCCACUGGUCAGCGCUUUGCAGUCAAGAUUUUCACGAAGCACCCUGGCGUGGAGGAUCGCUCAAAGACGGAGGGCUUGCAGCAGGAAAUCGGCGUAUUGAUGGGGGUUAGUCACCCGAACGUUCUCUGCCUAAAGGACACCUUCAACGAACGUGAUCGCGUAUACUUGGUGCUCGAGUUAGCACCAGAGGGAGAACUUUUCAACUACAUUGUGAUGAAGCAGAAGCUCAGCGAAGAUGAGUCAAGGAAGUUAUUUGUGCAGCUCUUCCAGGGUAUCAAGUACUUGCAUGAACGUAACAUUGUGCACCGAGAUAUCAAGCCUGAAAAUAUUCUGCUGGUCGAUAAGAAUCUGCAUGUAAAGCUUGCUGACUUUGGCCUGGCCAAAAUUAUUGGAGAAGAGUCUUUCACAACUACACUAUGUGGAACGCCCAGCUAUGUUGCGCCUGAGAUCCUCGCAGACUCCAAGCAGCGCAAGUACACAAAGGCAGUUGAUGUCUGGUCUUUGGGAGUUGUGCUUUACAUUUGCUUGUGUGGUUUCCCACCUUUCUCCGAUGAGCUUUACUCGCGCGACUUCCCCUUCACCCUCUCCCAGCAGAUUAAGAGUGGCCGUUUCGACUACCCUUCCCCUUAUUGGGACUCCGUCGGAGACCCAGCACUCGACCUCAUUGACUCUAUGUUGAUCGUUGAUCCUGAGAAGAGAUUCACGAUUGACCAGUGCCUGCAACAUCCGUGGCUCACACAGAGUAGCCCGGGUGUAAAUGACAGCACUGGUGGUCUCGUCGGAGGCAUUGCAGGCCUGGAGGUCAACCGAAGAGCCCCUGCUCGUGAGCGAACCUUGCUGGCCUCUCUCAACACUGUGCAGGUCACUGCUCAGCUUGAAGUUGGCAAGGACAAGAACCCUGUGAAGGUGUUCUCAAAGAACAAAGGUCGUGUUACCAAUGUGGCAAAGGAGUCUGACCCUGCCGCUCAACGGGCACCAGACGAAUUUAUUGAGAUGGGAGGUAAGGGCGACCAAGAAUUAUUCGCGGAUGAUGAUUCGAGCAUUUACCCAAUAGGUGAUAAUGGCGAGAAGAUCAAGGCGAACAAGGCCAAGCGAUAAAUCAGUGGGUUUGGAAUGUUAGAGUUGAGUAUGCGGGAUCUGGGAGUAUUUGGCUUUGUUCUGGUGUUACUAUCAUUGAGUUGGUAUUCGAUAUUGAUUGUUUGAAGGAGUAUCCUCUAUAGAGACGGUACAUGGGAUCAUCUGGUGUCUUGUAUUGGAUGUUGUUCUUUCUGGUUUGUUUCUUCGCUUGCAUACAUCUUCAAUCACAGAGGAAAGGGGAUGGAUAUGUUGAGAAGGGCUGCUCAUCAGCCAGUAGUAACUUGAAAGCGUACGAAAAGUCUUGAUUGUUUUUUAAUGCCUGCUGAAAGAGUUUCGAGUAGCACUUCUAUAUUGUGAAGUGUUAAACCCCUGACUUGAGAUAUGGCUAAGUGGAACAAAUG